AAUCCCAAAAGGAAUCCUAAACCCUCCCAUUCCAAUUCCAAUGUAUAUAAUUCCACUCAUGAAUUCUCAAUCCUCCGUCAACGACAAACACAAUGCCGACCUCCAUGAAGAAGGUUAUACUGACGAGUUUGGAAGGCGAGAGAUUCGAGUUGGAUGAGAAAGUGGCCAUGGAGAUGCGAACAAUACAGCGUCUGAUAGACGUGAAGAGGGAACUGGCGAUGACGACGACUACUACUACUUCUUCGGUCGAUGAUUUCGUUUAUGCUCCGAUUGAGGUUUCCAAAGUAAGCAGUGCGAUCCUUUCAAAGGUGAUCGAUUAUUGCCAGAAACAAGCGCAUAACAAGUACGAGCUCAGUGAGAGUCUAAGGUCUUUCGAUGCCGACUUGGUGGACGUCAGCGAAAACACACUCUUCGAUUUCAUGGUCGCCGCCGACUGCUUGGGGAUCUUGAAUUUGCUGGACUUGACCAUGGCACAAAUAUGCAGGGGAAAAUCCAAAAACGAGAUUUCAAACUUCUUUUAUUAUUUAUUCAAUUAGCCAUUUGAAUUGUCUUAGGAGUGAACUAAUGUGGUUGAAACUUUUUAUUAUUACAAUAAUUUUAUGGAUUAAUGAUAGUAGUUUCAUGUUUGGAAGUCAAGAAGGAAAAUUUGUCCUCUAAUCUAAUUUCCAAUCAUUUCUUUUGACAUUUGAUUGCUUGAAUGCUAGGUGA